GUCUCUAAACUAUGGCGGGUAUUGGACUACCGAAAGUGCUAAAGUUGAAAAAAAGGUUAAUUUUCAUUCAAAAAACUUUUUCGCAAUCACUUUUUACAAUUUUUGAUUCUUUUCACAAAAAAAAAUUUAGACUCGUUAGGGAGGCACGAGCGGCUCGUGUGAAGGUAACGCAAAAUUUUCGUCUCUACAGUCAAGCAUAAAUCCGUGAUUUUCGACGCAACGGUCAAGAAGGAAAUAGAAGGUUUUUAUCUAUACAAUUUUUCAAUAACUGGUUCAUUUCAUUAAAAGAAAAAGUAUUGAAUUUUUUUCAGCUCAUUCGAACAAGACAUUGUUGUGGCCAGCCGGAUAA